CACCACGAGCAGAUCCCGAGCUGAUUGAUCCAUUUGGCUUUCAAUAGAAAGGAUUGGAUCCCACGUAUUUAACGGAAGACCCACCGCCUCCGAGAUGAUCUGCUCCACGUCGGCUAUAGUACGAUCUGCGCAGAUAUCGAAAGAAAAAGUGUUGACGUUACGGUUUUAAGUUUUUUGGAAAAAAAAAAUUUUGGGUGUAUGCUGGAGGUAUGUUUUUGGUUUGUAAGUCGACCCAUUCCCGCUAUUCGUUCUCGCGGGACUGCGACGAAGCUCGCUUGGUUUGACCUAGCUAGUGCACAAAAUAUGACGGCGUAGGACUUCGGCGACCGGGGCCGCCCCCUGCCGUGCCUUCUCCUCGCCGCCGGCUCUUAGAUCCGGGCCAGAACGCUCAAACCUCGAACCGUGGCUAAACCUCGGACGUGUGGACCUAUGAGCUUGCAUCUAGAUGGCGUUUCCGCCAGUUCAGCUCUGUGCGGCUGUGCAAGUUUCCAUCUCGGACCUUUUGGCGCCUUUUGUCAAAUUUUCUCCAUGACUGAAGAAAAGGUGGCACUUUCGAGGAUGAGGGAAAUGGGCAAACUUUGGGUACCAAAAUGCCCAAAAUUUGCAGGCACCCCAAAAACCGUCAACACCUCAUCUAGACACUACGGUAUGGUCGAUCGGGUCUUCCAGAAGCCUGCUUUUUUGCAUGAAAUCGACCAAAAAACCGUCAACACCUCAUCUAGCCAGCACGCUAUGCUCGAUUUGCCUGCUCAGAAGGUGCGCUCCCGUGCCCGCACCGGUUUGAGUGAAGGGAAAUGGAUCAUAGCGUGCUGUCUAGAUGAGGCGUUGACGGUUUUUGUGGGAUCUGCAUUUUUUGGCCUCGAAAUGGCGUCAAAUCAUUGAUUUUUUCCUCGGAUUUUUCCAAUUCCCCAAAAAACCGUCAACAUCAUAUCUGGACAGCAUGCUAAGGUCCAUUUUCCCUCAAUAAAACAGGUCCAUCUCCGGCGUCGAUCGUUGCGACGCGUUGGUGGGCGGGUCUUGUCAGCAGUGCCGGGGCCCUGGCCCACCGGCUUACAGCCAUCAUGGCUCUUGAGCCCGGACAGGGAUUGGGCAGCCAUUUCAGGGCUUGAAGGGGCGCAAUGUUGUGGCGGGGCCUCAUAGUUUUCGCACCGUGUGCACUAGCUUCCUCUCCCAGAGUUUUACCACUUUAGAGCCCCGCAGGGGCAAAGAAUGAGGCUGCGCGGCGGCGAGAAAAAAAAAAAUUAAAAUGAUGGUGCUCAGUACCCACAAAAAUUUUUUUUUCCAAAAACCCGAAAACCGUAACGUCAACACUUUUUCUUAUGAUAGCAGAGGAGGUUGUUCAUCUCCAAGUGCAACAAGUUGCACGAAAACCCUACCGCCUCCGAGAUGAUCUGCUCCACGUCGGCUAUAGUACGAUCUGCGCCACGGAGGUUGUUCAUCUGCAAGUGCAACAAGUUGCACGAAAACCUAGUGAAAAAAUGACAAACGGAAGUAGAAGGGACUACACUAACUACACAUUACACAAGCUUGGUCGUGCGCGGAAGCCUGGUCGUGCACGGUACUGAAGUACCGGCACAAUAAUUCGACCGGGUCGUCGUGAAGAUGUAGCUGACGAUCUAGAAAACUGCAUGGCUGCUAGAAAAAAGUAGUCGCAGUUUGUUUAUUUAGAACCACGUGCGUAAUUUCAAUUGAAACUCGAAAAAAUAAACUCCGAUGUGAAGAAUCCCAGAGCGAUCUUGCUUUGCUAAAUGCCUUUGCCUCUGAUCAACAUCAUGCUCUUCGACUUCGAUUAUCGUACUUAUUCAGGGCUCUCCAACAAAUACUAUACACGUUUUUGCUACUAUUGACAUCUGUUUUUCUCGUAGUAGAAUUUGUUAGGUCAACAUUUAUUUUGUACAAUAAUAUUUUUUCUAUAUUUUUAUUUACAGCUUUUCAAAAUUGUAUAAUUUCAUCCCACUUCACUACCACGAAACACUAGACAAAAAAAAAUGCUUUUCACGGGCAACAGGAAACAAGGAGGCAAAGUGAUGCUUCUCGUCACGAAAGCAUUGCUUUACUCUUGCACGAGCAGCAGCCUGUGUGCGGGGGCCGCGAUGUUGCAGUCGGGAACGGGACAGGGGGAGGUCACGAGUCCUGGUCUGGUCGACAAGACGCCUUCUACUACAACAGCAUUGGUUCUUCCUACUAGAGAGUCUGGAGCGGAGGCUCUUGCUACUACGGACCAGGCCACACAGAUGAAACUGCGAGAACUUUUGAGAGACGGUGAAAGACGUGACGCGCAAAGGAGGGAAGAACGACGAAGAAUGGAGGAGAAAGUGCCCCACGAAGUGCAACUACGGCACGAAAAAAAAGCGUUGGUGGUCGUGCUGUGCAUCAAGACUCUUCUGAUAUUAUAACUACAACCUAUGUAAACCUUUACCUUCUAUUUAAACUUGUAUCGUGCUAUAAAUAAAUGCAGCUUAUCUGCUGGGGCUGGUACUCACUGGUAACCGUAACCGGCGCAGAUCUCCAUGUAGUUGAAAAUCAGUUAGCGCAACAACAUCGAAGCUUUUUUUCCUUUCAUAGAGGGGUGGUCCCUGUCGAUGUGACAAGAGGCGCAAGCAGGAAUGGAGGAACGCGAAAGUCGCGUGCAAGGACCGUAUCAAGAGGAACCGCCCUGCUCUUCUCUCGGCCAUUAUGGCCGUCGUCGCUAUCCUCGCGGUAGGACAACAGCAGUGGCCCACAGGAUUCGACAGUUCGAAGCUGUUGAACUUCGAUUUUCAAUCGCUGCGUGAAGAAGCAGGCCGGAAGAUUGCUCAACAGAAAUCUAUUUGGAUGAAAUCGGCCUUGGAGCAGGACCACGACGAGGACGGCGCAGGCGAAGUAGUACUGCGACUCCAUCCCAGGAGGGGAACGCCGGUCGACGAGAGGGACUUCAUGAUGAUCAGGCACCAGGUAUCCUGAGUGAAGAUGUCCCCACACCAGAGUCAAGAUGGGAGAUCUGCUAGACAAAUCAGCCAGCUUUGGUUGUUUCGCAUGACAAGUUUGUCCGCGUAGUGUAAUCCUGCUUAGGUAGUUCAGCAGCAUCACUGAUCUAGCUGAUCAUGCUGAUUAUAGCAUGACAGAUUCCAAAACACGAGGGAGUAGAAAACGCCUCUCAUGGGGCUCGGCAUGAGAAACUUUUUUGGCAUGCAGAUUUGCAUCACAACUAUGGGGUGGGGACGUUUUUACAUAGGAUACCAGGAACUAGUUUCCCUUUUUACCGGUCCGAACAGUGAGCACGAAUGGAAAAAAUUGGCUCAACAGAAUACUCCGAACGCCUUUCCUAUGGUAGUGUCAGGAUCGAAAUCGACAAUGUUGAAAUACAAAUAAUUUGUGAUGCAUAAAAUGGAGUAGCUUUCAACUGGCGCAUGACAAAUUUGGCUAGAACCGAAUUCCAGUUUGUAGUGCUGUUUGGGUAAGAGAGACGCCUUUUGUCAUGCUACUUUAGCAGCCCUAUUUCUACUCUUCAACAGGCUUACAAUCUGCCUCCCUUGCCUACGCUGCAAGACAGGUAUUUUGUGGGUUGCAUUUUAUGCAUCACAAACCAUUUCAACUUUGAGGAUUUCAAUCCUGACACUUCCAUAUUCCCUUCGGCGCAGUUUUUCUUCGACUUUGCCCAAUCCGCAAUGAAGGCCGCCAGCCAUCUGGAUCGUCACAUGGGGCCAGUGCGGGGCCACGGGUUGUGGUCCAAAAAGGACCAGGAAAUUAUGAGCAACGUUGAAAAAAUCGGACGUAUUUUUGCGGAGAACCUGAAGCUGCUAAAGGAAAGGAAAGAACUGCUCGAAGCAGAACCGGUGCGGACGAAAACGUGGCAAGUCGUACCUCGAGCGGCACAGCAUGGUAAAAAUAAGCUCUUCGCCUUGAGAGAAAUCGACACGGAGCUGAAGAAGUUUUUUGACCAACUUCGGCAAAUCCUGAUUUCAGACCCAGAGCUUCAGCGUCUCCUCUUCCGGACCGCGAUUGACAUCGUGAACGACCCGACGAUCUCAAAUGAGCAUCGCGCGGAGCUGCUGCAGCGCCGACAUGAACAAACCGGAGAGGAAAACAGCCGCGGACUUUUCUUUUCCAGCGUCGCCAGAAACUUUCUAGAGCGUUGCCCGGUCCUCGUGGAGGAGCAAGAGAAUCCAACCGCCUUCCGCGACGACCUGCAGACGAUUGGAAAAGGAGGUCAACGCUUGUUUAGAACUUUCGGUAACGCCAGCAACGGCCGUGCUAUAAAAGGACUCCGUAAUACAAACGCCAGCAAUGUGGUGCAGCAGGCCGAGGCAAAAAUGAUCGCGUGCGAGCCUGUAACUCCCUUAGAUUUGCCGGAAAAGAUAAUGGACGAGUUUUAUCUUUCGACGCAAGAAGGCCACAUGCGUGCCGCACCGGAGGACGAUACAGCAGAGGGGGCGCAGCAAGUACCAGCGAUGCUCGAUUCUGACAAGUGGAGUUACACGCGUUGGGCCAGAAAUUCACUGUUAACUAUCGUCGCGGCAGGAAGUACCGGAUUGGCGGGCGUGCGGUUGAUGUCCUCACAGUGAAUAUGAAGGCGAGCGCGUAUAAUUUCAUUCUUGGGGCGUGUCUGCUCCGAUUGGCAGCACGACAAGGAGCGAGUGAUGUGUUUCCUUGCGAUAAAAUCUCCUGGGACCUCCAGUAUUGGAAGCAUCAUCUUCUGGUAGACAUACUUUACUUACUUCAGAAACUGCUUCUGCCGCUCUGAGCAUCGUAAGUACGAAGAAAGUUCAAUUAGAUGCCACGUCAUACAUGUAAGUCGCGGUCAAUAGUUUGAUCAGCACGUGUGCUGGCCUCAUUAUAUCUCUUUUUUUUUAUCAGAUGCAAGCAUACACCAGCAGCUUAUAGCCGUGUCGCAUGAUUGCAGCUUUGCGGGGGGUGAAGAUUACGUUAUCAUGUGCUCCUUUUGCUAGGUUUAUUUCCUUUCUAUAAAUAUAUGCUGUUUUCGUUUGUAUGAUUCUUUUCCGGUACAAGUUGAGCUCUACGUUGUAAAAUUCUUUUGAUUUUAUGUAUUAUGCAAGAAAGUGCAAGAGCUGCCAGCAGUUCCACGAUUAUGCCAGAUUUGGUAGUACCGAGGAGCCAAUUAUAUAUAUUGUAUGAUUUGAUCCACCAUUUGCAGCGCGUCCGUAGUUUUGGCAGGAAAAUGAAUGAGAUGUUGCAAGAUGAGAUGUUAUCAGAUUCGUGUCCUGUCC